AGGACGCAAUAUUAUAUCAUGGCAGCCUCAGCGGGGCAAAUGCUCCUGGAUGGGCAGCGUACCUCUGGACAAGAUGUACGUACAGCUAAUGUAACAGCUUCUAUGGCUAUUGCCAACAUCGUGAAAUCUUCCUUGGGACCAGUCGGGCUCGACAAAAUGCUCGUCGAUGACAUAGGGGAUGUCACCAUCACGAAUGACGGCGCUACCAUCCUGCAACAAUUGGAGGUGGAGCAUCCUGCAGCGAAGGUUCUUGUCGAGUUGGCACACCUGCAAGACCAAGAAGUGGGGGACGGGACCACCUCCGUCGUGAUUGUAGCGGCCGAACUCUUGAAGCGUGGGAACGAGCUGGUCAUGAACAAGGUCCAUCCCACGAGUAUCAUGAGCGGAUAUAGGUUGGCGCUAAAGGAGGCUGUAAGAUUCAUUAAAGAUAAAUUGGUGGUUUCCGUGGACCAGCUUCGGCAAGAAAACCUGCUCAACGCGGCGCGCACGUCCAUGAGCAGCAAGAUCUUGGGAGCAGAAGCGGACUUCUUCGCCAAGCUGGCCGUGGAAGCUGUCUUGUCCGUGAAAGCAGACAGCCAGCACAGGGAUUCGGGGAAGACGGUCAGUAAGUACCCCGUCUCUGCCAUCCACAUCCUCAAGUGCCACGGCCAAUCCUCCCUUUCUUCCCACCUGGUGAAUGGCUUCGCGCUGGCCGGGGCUCGAGCCGCGCAAGGCAUGCCCACGUCCGUCUCUCCGGCGAAAAUUGCCCUGUUGGAUUUUAGCCUGCAGCGUCAUAAAAUGCAGAUGGGGGUGUCCGUCGUAGUGGAGGACGUCAAGGAAGUGGAACUCAUCCGGCAGAGAGAAAUGGACAUAACCAAAGAACGGAUCCAGAAGAUUUUGGAAGCCGGGGCCAACGUCGUGCUGACGACCAAGGGUAUCGAUGACCUGGCCAUGAAAUACUUCGUCGAGGCGGGGGCGAUGGCGGUGCGCCGGGUCAAGAAAGAAGACUUGAAACGGAUCGCGCGGGCGACAGGGGGCCAGGUGAUCGGUACCUUGGCGGACAUGGAGGGGAACGAGGCCUUCGACCCAAGCAUGCUAGGCCUGGCGGAGAGGGUGGAGGAGCGUCGGGUAGGGGACGGGGAGAUGCUUUACAUUUUAGGGGCCAAGGAAGGAAAAGCGGCCACAGUUGUCCUCCGGGGGGCAAACGACUACAUGCUCGACGAAAUGGACCGGGCCUUGCAUGACGCCUUGAUGGUGAUCAAACGCAUGCUGGAAAGCAAUUCUUUGGUGGCGGGAGGGGGCGCGGUCGAGGCCGCUUUAUCCGUGCACUUGGAGAAAUACGCCAUGACUUUGGGAAGCAAGGAGCAAUUAGCCAUCGCCGCCUUUUCAGACGCGCUUUUGGUCAUUCCUAGGACCUUGGCCGUCAAUGCGGCCCAGGAUGCCACCGAGCUGGUGGCAAACUUACGGGCGGCACAUUUUGGGGCCCAGCAGCAGCAGCAACAGCCCUCGUCGCAGCCGUCACAGGUCCCGCCCGAGCGGGCGGGAGGGGGCGCGGCCAUGGUUGAGGAUGGAGGAGGGGAAAUUUCCAAGAAAGCGGGGGGGGGCGCGGAAGAGGGGAUGUGGUACGCAGGCCUGGACCUGUACAAGGGCCUGGUGCGGAACAAUCUGGCCGCAGGGGUGGUGGAGCCCGCCAUCAGCAAGAUCAAAAGCCUGCGCUUCGCUACCGAGGCAGCAAUAACCAUUUUGAGGAUCGAUGACAUGAUCAAAUUGACAGAAAAAUCACCGGGACCGCCGGACGGACGUGGGGGCAUGCAAUAAGCAGGGCACGUAGGGGGGAUCCCAGGGCGUAGCAGUCCUCGGACCAGGCUGUUACAUUGCGCGCUGUUGAGGGGGGGGCGAGGGUAAGAAUUUUGGAAAUGGGGUGUGACGGGAGUGGGGAUUAGCAGGCCCAGGGCUGCGAUUCUCUACACGGGGGAGGCGGGGAGGGGAAGAUUGUGUGGAAGGUGAGUGUCAGUGCCGAUGUGCAGGGGACCAGCGACGUGUCGCCCGCGUGCUUGGUUGUGAAUGUGGAGGGAGGAGGGACACUCGGGGACAAGCAGGCUGGUGAAGUGGACGGAUCGGAUCGAGAAAGGUGUGCACGGGGCUCCGUUUUGGGAAAAGAGGGGAGCAAUUUAAGGAGCGAGACGCAGACAGGAGGGCUAUUCAUGGACGGCUUUCGAUGAAGGCGACAGGCACCGCGGUAACAAGGCGGAGGGGGACAAAAGCGCAGCCGAAGGAAAUAUGCGAUUCCACAGAACAGUAAACCUUUGACAUUUGUCUCGCUUGCCUCAAAAUAGAGCGACGGUCGAUUGCAACUCCGCGUGCCUAGACUCUCUCCAGGUGUUCCACCAGCGGCUCUUCUCCACCACUUUUCCUUCCAAUAUUCAGUUUAUCCUGCAUCUUCCCCCAUCAAUAAUUGUCUUAUGCACUCUAUGCUUUCCUCAAUCUAAACAUCCGCUUUUCACACAUAGGCUCCGUCAAAAUGCCGAAGCAGUCUCUUCCUACCUGCACCUUUUUGAUCUCCUCGCCUGUUUAUUUUCUGCAUUUGGUUCCUCUCCUUCCCUCCCCCACACGCGACGCCCCUUUCAGUACACAUCUCCAUCUGUUCCUCUCCUCCUUUGUCGUUCAAGCCUCGAGUCCUCAAGCUGGAACGCGCGUCAUCUCUGUGCCCACGU